CCGCCGAAGGGGCUCGGCUCCGGGUUUCAAGAUGGAGUCGCUGAGUAGAGCUGGGCAGGAGAUGAGCCUGGCGGCCCUGAAACGGCAUGACCCUUACAUCACCAGCAUCGCAGACCUCACGGGCCAGGUCGCUCUGUACACUUUCUGCCCUAAGGCCAAUCAGUGGGAGAAGACUGAUAUAGAAGGGACCUUAUUUGUAUAUCGAAGGUCAGCUUCACCUUACCAUGGUUUUACCAUUGUGAAUCGACUCAAUAUGCACAAUCUAGUUGAACCAGUCAAUAAAGAUUUGGAAUUUCAGCUCCACGAACCAUUUCUUCUAUAUAGAAAUGCAAGCUUGUCAAUAUACAGUAUUUGGUUUUAUGACAAGAAUGACUGUCACCGCAUAGCCAAACUCAUGGCCAAUGUGGUAGAAGAGGAGACACGGCGGUCCCAGCAGGCUGCUCGGGAUAAGCAGAGUCCCAACCAGGCCAAUGGCUGCAACGACCACAGACCCAUCGACAUCCUGGAGAUGCUGAGCAGAGCCAAGGAUGAGUACGAGAGGAAUCAGAUGGGUGACUCAAAUAUUUCCAGCCCUGGGUUACAGCCAAGCACUCAGCUGUCGAAUCUGGGAAGUACAGAGACUCUAGAGGAGAUGCUGUCCGGGUCACAAGAUAAGUCUGCUCCAUCUGGACACAAACAUCUGACAGUGGAAGAACUAUUUGGAACCUCUUUGCCAAAGGAACAGCCAAUGGUCGUGGGUCUUGAUUCAGAAGAAGUGGAGAAGCUGCCAGGAGAUGCCUCCCAGAAAGAGCCCAGCCCGUUCCUACCAUUUUCCUUUGAGCAUUCAGGAGGGGCCCCUCAGUCAGAAAGCCUGGGUGUUCAGUCUGCUGCCCUCUACUCAGUCCAACCUGAAGUCACCACCCCAGUGCUAAUCACUCCUGCCUCCAUCACACAGUCCAAUGAAAAGCACGCCCCAAGCUACACGAUCCCACUGAGCCCUGUUCUCAGUCCCACUCUGCCAGCAGAAGCUCCUACUGCACAGGUUCCCCCCAGCUUACCUCGAAACAGCACCAUGAUGCAGGCAGUGAAGACCACGCCCAGGCAGAGGUCUCCACUCCUGAAUCAGCCAGUCCCUGAGCUAAGCCACACCUGUCUGGUUGCCAGCCAGAGCCCGUUCAGGGCCCCAUUGAGUGUGACAAGUACAGCUGGUACAUCCCUCGCAAGUGUGGAUCUUCUCCAGAAACUCAGGUUGACCCCACAGCAUGACCAAAUACAGACACAGUCACUCGCGAAAGGUUCAGUGGCACCCAGCUUUCCUCCAGCAGCUGGCCAGCUGGCCACGCCUGAGAGUUUCAUAGAGCCUCCCACUAAAACCGCAGUAGCCAGAGCAGCCGCCUCAGCCUCCCUGAGCAACAUGGUGCUCUCUCCCCUUCAGUCUAUGCAGCAAAACCAGGACUCUGAAGUAUUUUCCCAGCCUAAGGUGUUAUCCAGUGCCAUCCCGGUUGCAGGCCCUCCGCUGGUUACCGCUACGACCACAGUAAUACCGUCUGUCCUGCUGUCCCCAAGUGUUUUCCAGCAGACAACUACGCGAUCCACAGACCUUGAGAGGAAGGCAAACUCCCCUUCUCCUCUAACUGUUGGGACAUCAGAAAAUCAGAGAAAGCCCUCCAUUGUUCUCAGCAAGGCUCAGCUCCAGGAUACAUUAGUACAUCUGAUAAAGUGUCCCCAGUCCUGCCAUGCAGCAGGCUCCCAUCGCCACGUUGCUGUUUGAAUAGGGCCAGGUCAGGCCCCGUGGUGGUGCGGAAGCAGGCACGUCACACCUCUGAAGCAAAGACUGGGGUUGCUAAAGCCCAAAUCCUAUCAGAAAUCUUCAUGUUAAGAUACACUCUACAGUGGUUUUGAAAGUGUUAAGUUGGUAUGUGAAGCAUAGCCUUACUUUCCUUUUCUAUCUAAACACCAGUUAAAAGUCAUUGUCGAUUGUUUUCCUUAACACUUUGACAAAAGGACCAGUGGACCAAUAUGACAAAGCCAUUCUGGUUCCGUUCCUCAUGUAUUGAGAAUAGUUUUAAAGCUAUGCAGAAAAAGGAGCUGUUAUUCACACUGCCCUUACUUUGUUGUAGAAUAUGGAGUUUAAAAGAAAGUGUGAAAUUCAGAAUUUUACCAAUGUAUUCCUAGGCUGUGAGUAUUUUUCCAGCCCAAAGUGUGAAAAUAUGUAAAGAUGCUUUGUUAUGCUGCUAUUAAUCUGCCAUGAUUUAUAUUUAUUCUUUUAUGGCAUGUAAUGGUGAUUAGUAAUAUUUUAAUGUUGAUUUUGAUUUAUUUCAGCAAUAGUAAUUUUAAGAUAUCCUUUGAAUGAAAGUGUCUUCGUUUCUAUGAUACAGAUCAUUUUGUAGUAUUUAACCAAUUAAGAUGCACUGCUUACUUUUCUGAGCACUAUUUAAUGAUGGGGUAAAUACCCGACUGGCUCAACCAGCUAGCAUAAGGAUUAGCUGUGAAUAAUGCUGACAGAUGUGAUUGUUCCUUGGGAAUGAUCAUUUAAGCUUUACUGGUAACUCAAUCAGAAGUCCAUAGAUUUUUCUAGCUGAAAUUUUAAAAAAUUACUUGUGAAUUACAUACUUGUUUUAGUUUGAUCUUGGUUUUUUACAUAAAGAAUACUUUGUUUGAUCGGCUUUUGUUAAUCUAAAUAUGCUUCCUGAACAACUUUUCUGCUUCUCAAUUUAUUGUCUUCUAUUGCUGUCUACCUAGUUACGUGUGUGAAUUGUGCAGACUUCAGGGAAGCUUUCAAGUUCUCAUACUCAAUUAGGAAUCGUUUGUAUUCAAAGAUAGUGUAUAAGUUCCGCAACCAAAAAUGAAUUGUUCAUGUGUCAUCCAGGAAAGAGAGAGUUGUAAUAAGAUGAGGAUUGCUGACACUAGGAGAUAUGGUGUCCAGGGAGCCACAUGACUGUUCUCAUAAAAUGGACGCUCCAAUAGGUUUGAUCAUACCCCAAGUAUAAUCUCACUGGGCUUCGGUAAACAGAAGAAUCAAGGGAUUCUUGUUACAAUAGACAUUUGAGUCGAAGUGAUGCUUUUGAGUAUGUAUAGUAUUAUGAAGGAGUUCAGAGAAAAUGUCUUAAAAAGGGCCUGGAAACAGAUCUGUUCAUUUUCACCCUUUAAUCCAAGGAAUGCAUGUGAUGGACCGUAAAGCGAAUCUAUGAUAGGGUUUCCCGCAGUGUGAAACUAAGCUUUUAUGUGCCCAAGUCAUGGAGACUUGAAAAGGGUAAACCUGUUUCAACUCCCAAAUUUGUGUAUUCGAAGCAUUUAAAAUUCAGAAGCCAGAAGUUCAUGGUCAUGAUCACCAGGAGGUUCAGGCCAGAAUGAGGCCCUAGAGAAGCCAGGCCAACCCUGGAUAGUUGCUGGAUGACCCUGGCCUGAAAGUCACAGUUCAGUUGCCUUAUUCCUCAUUCAGGCUUAUGGUCCAGAACCUCAUGCUAGCUUAGGUUGCAUGUUUACAUUGCUGCAGUGUCUUUACAAGAACCUUAGUUUAAAACCUUAGUUGAAUCAAAAUAGACACCAAAAAAAGAGAUGCUUCCUGCUAGGUUUUGUAGAAUGCCAGGAGACCUGUAUUCAGGCCACUCUAUCUGUCUGUGUGCCCACCCCUACCCCCCUGUCUGGGUGCAGGCUCUGAGAGGAGCAGCCCAGAGCUUGGAGUGGAGAUGUGUCUGGGGCGUCACUGGGGGCGGGCCUGCCCUUCUUUCGCUGGUGGUUACUGUGACAUCUUUGAAUGGACUCAGACCACCUUGUUCCUUCAGGGCAGAUGCUCCUCUUCAUUGGGCAUUGCCUGUGAGAUUUGAGGCGUGAAAGUUGGCCUGGUUGACUUUGAAUCCCAAGUUUUCAAGUGGCUGUCAGUGUCAGGAGAAGCAUUUUCAUGCUGUCUGCAUGGGGAGUGGCCACAGCUUACCUUUGAGGCUUAUGAGGAGCCACCAGAGUGGUGUUUUGUUAAGCACACAAGUUGACCUGGAUCCUUCUUGGCCAAAGGAUACACAGGCUUAGUUUAGAAAAUGUCUUGGCAGGUUUUGCAUGUCAAGCAUUUGUUCUUUUUCUAGCCUGUGUUUUCUUGUAAAAAAUGGAAACCCAUCGAAUCCUCUACUAGGUAAAUAUUUUUAAACCAUGCAGCUUUAUUACUGUCCUCCCCAAAGAAUGUAGUUUGAAAUUUUCUCAUUUUGGUAGUGGAGGUCGUGACUGCCAUUCUAUUAUUAAUAAUGCAACGUGAAAUUGAAGGUGCCUAACUGCUUAAAAAAUACAGUCCGUCAUUAUACUGUAACACCGGGCAAAAUGUAAACAGUGGGUUGAGAGGUGGCACGGACGUGAGCGAUUCAGCUGUGUGAGUGAAGAGAAGGAAGGAAUCACAGGGAUGGCUGUCCUGCGUUCUUGCUGCACGUUUGCUGCUGAGCACGUUUGUCUCUUACCUACCUAUGGUUUUCUUCAGUUGUGUUCAAAGUACCUUCUGGAACCAAUAAUGCCCUGUAUUUUCAAGUGUCUAAAAUGUUAAGAUCUGAAGCAAGUAAAGCAACUCACACUGUAGGCUUUUCAAAAGUCCUGCUUGAGAACAUUUUUCCCUGAGUGGGCUGGGGCCUUGAGGAGCCUGUUUUCCAUCAAAUUCAGCCGGACAGAUGUGUGCAAUGUUUCACUCGGCUUUAUAUUUAACAUCUUAGUUAAAAAUGCUGAGAUGCAGUACUAUGGGGGAAAAUGUAAAACUGUGGUUCCCUUUUAUCUGUGUGACUCCUUAAGAAGCGCAUUUUUAAGACACAUACUCUUAAGUGGGUUUUUAUUCUGUGUUACUGCUGUGGCCAUGUGGCCCUCAUGACUCUCAGUGUACCAGAGUCUCAGCUCCCUGAAACGUAGGGGUGAGGAGCUCUGACAUCACAGCAAGAUUUUUGUUCCAUGAGCGCAAUACUGCAUCAUUAACAAUUUUAAUGGUAUGGAUUUUAUACCAUCUGUGUAUGUUUGCAAAUAUUAAGUUAUUACAUGUUUUAAAAUGAGCAUUUUUCAUUCUAAAUUUUAUAUGUUUGCAAAUAUAUUUUUUUAAUAAAAUUUCAAAACCAAGUUUUAG